GUAAUUGCAGGAAGUAAGAACUCAUACAAUGAUGAAGAAGCACUGCCAGGGAUACAAAGAUAUGUGUUAGAACAUAUCCAAGAUCUCGAUAGACUACUAGCUGAUGUUGAACGCGCAGAGGCUACAGUCUCUGGUAAGAAGUGUGAAUGGGGAGUGCAACGCCUUACAGUAGUGGGA